AGCUAGUUUGAGCUGAUGGAAACAUUCUAUCUUUUAUCAGUCAACUGUUGACCCAUAGACUCACUCCACUACCUAUGACUUAAAACUUCAAUUAUAGACUCAUCUCUAAUCUUCUUCUCCAUCCAUUAACCUUUCAAAAAUACCGAUGAUCUGUUUCAUUUGCUUUGUUUUCUCGAUUCUCGUUUCCGUCUCCGGCGGAGGAGGAGAAGAAGCAACGGCGCCAUACAAGCCAGCCGAUGUUUAUCUCAUCAACUGCGGUACAAACUCUUCCACCAUCGACAACAGCGGUCGAACUUGGACGCCGGAGCAGAAGAAAAUUCUUCCGUCGAAUUCAGACAACGCGUCGUUCUCUUCACUUGUAUCAUACAAAGAAUCAAGGCUUCUUCCUCAAGUUCUGUACAUGACCGCUCGGAUUUUCCGAUAUGAUUUUACGUACAGUAUUCCAACCUCUCCCGGCUGGAAAUUCAUCCGGUUACAUUUUUAUCCAGCCAAAUACUUAUACGGACCCGAUUUCGACGAGGAUUUUGACGCCGCCAGUUCCUUCUUCUCCGUAAGUGUAAACUGCUUUACUCUUUUGACGAACUUCAGCGCCGAUUUAACGAUGAAAGCUUCCAAAAAGUCAACUCUUAUCAAAGAGUUUAUCGUUCCCGUUUACCAAUCGCUGAAUCUCACGUUCAGGCCGUCUAAGAAUUCGCUAGCUUUUGUUAACGGUAUCGAGAUUGUCUCCAUGCCUGACCGGUUUUACUCAAAGGGAGGAUUUGACAACAUGAUAACAAACGUCGGUAGCAAUGUUGACUUCGAGAUAGAUAACUCCACGGCUUUCGAGACCGUUUAUCGGGUAAACGUAGGUGGACAAAUGGUGGGCGAAGUCCACGAUUGGGGAAUGUUCCGGCGGUGGCUUUCUGAUGAUGAUGAGUUCCUACAAGGUGGAAUCAAUUCGUACCUACCAGAUGUACUGAUCAACUACACAGAGAAAACUCCAGCAUAUGUUGCGCCAGCGUCCGUGUACGCCACGUGGCGCUCGAUGGGGAACGCCCAAGCCUCUGAACUAAACCUGAAUUUCAACCUGACGUGGCUCUUUACAGUCGAUGCUGGGUUCAAUUACCUCGUGAGGCUUCAUUUCUGUGAGACUCUACAGCAAGUGAAUCAACGCGUCUUCUCCAUCUUCCUUGGAAGUCAGAUGGCUAAGAAAGAGAUGGACGUGAUUGGGUUGAGCGGUGGUUCUCUAAUUCCAAUGUAUCUAGAUUUCAGAGUAUAUGUUGAUUCUGAAAGUGGGCCGAGACCUGAUCUACGACUUGACUUGUAUCCUUUAAAGGAAAUUAAGCCAAUGUAUUAUGACGCUAUUCUGAAUGGUGUAGAGAUUCUCAAGCUUAACACCUCAUACGGUAAUCUGGCCGGACCUAACCCAAAUCCUCCAUUGUCAUCGAACUUAACACAAAACCGUGUAAAGCAGGAGAUGAAAGGUAAGUUUUCACAUCUUCUGGUGAAAAUCUUCAUAGCCGCUGGUUCCGGAAUUGGGCUGGCGACUUUCAUUGUUGUUCUCAUGUUUUCGAUGCGUCAGAUGAAGAGGAAGAAUAAAAAGGAAGAAAGUGUCGUCAUGUUCAAGAAACUACUGAUUAUGUACACUUAUGCAGAAUUAAAGAAAAUUACAAAGUCAUUUUCUUACAUAAUUGGGAAAGGAGGAUUUGGAACUGUUUAUGGGGGAAACCUUAGUAAUGGUCGUAAGGUUGCAGUAAAGGUCUUGAAAGAUUUGAAGGGAAGUGCUGAAGAUUUCAUCAAUGAAGUUGCAAGCAUGAGCCAAACGUCUCAUGUCAACAUUGUUUCUCUUCUUGGUUUCUGCUAUGAAGGAUCUAAAAGAGCGAUUGUGUAUGAGUUUUUGGAGAAUGGGUCUCUCGAUCAGUUCAUCUCUAGAAAUAAGUCAUUGACUCAUGAUGUUACAAUGCUGUAUGGAAUCGCGUUAGGCAUUGCUCGGGGAUUGGAAUACUUGCAUUAUGGCUGCAAAACAAGAAUUGUGCAUUUCGACAUUAAACCUCAGAAUAUCUUGUUAGAUGGCAAUCUUUGUCCUAAAGUCUCAGACUUUGGCCUUGCUAAGCUUUGUGAGAAAAGAGAAAGUGUUCUGUCAUUGAUGGACACGAGAGGAACUAUAGGUUACAUUGCACCUGAGGUCUUCUCAAGAAUGUAUGGCCGAGUCUCCCAUAAGUCAGAUGUGUAUAGCUAUGGAAUGUUGGUCCUCGACAUGAUUGGAGCAAGGAACAAAGAAAUAGUAGCAACUAUUGAUUCCGCCGCUAGUUCGACUUACUUUCCAGAUUGGAUCUAUAAGGAUCUUGAAGAUGGAGAACAAACAUGGAUAUUUGGUGAUGAAAUAACCAAAGAAGAAAAAGAGAUUGCAAGGAAGAUGAUAUUGGUAGGUCUCUGGUGUAUUCAACCAUGCCCAUCAGAUCGUCCACCGAUGAUUAGAGUCGUUGAAAUGAUGGAAGGAAGUUUAGAUGCUCUUGACAUUCCCCCUAAGCCUUCUAUGCAUAUCUCCAAUGAGGUUAUUCCCGAAUCUUCUUCACUUUCUGAUGACGAGGAAGCUGGAUAAAAAGAUUUGUUGAUAUUUACUAGCAUGAAAAUCCUACUCUUGUUGUUUUAUAGAAAUAACUGUAAAAGAAAAAAGAAAAAAGUUUUCAGUGAUUAUUCUUAUAACUUAGUAAUAUACAACUAUGAAUUAAAAA